UAUUAGACCGAGAGUUAUAAUCUCUAUUCCUAGAUUAACGCGGUUAAUCUAUUUUAUUUCAUAUUUUCUGAUAAAUUAGAUAUUGUAUUUUUACAGUAUCAAUUUAAUUUCUUUUCUUGAUAUAUUUUGUUUAUGCGAGGCAUAAACUUCAGUUUUUCUUUCGGCUUUGAGAUUUUCAUUCCAUGUGCUUUUCAAGAUGGCGGAUGCCUCUACAUCGGGAAGGAAAGUAAUUAAUCAAGGAACAUCUGGUUCUAACAUGACUAAAGAUGUCAAUAAACAACCUGAUAAAUUGUUGUCAUCUAGUAAAUCUGUUGCGUCCGAGGGUCGUAAAAAUGAGUCUCGUGGUAAAGUGUCCACUCAGAAAAGUCAACCACCUGAGAAAAUUAAUGACGAAGUCAUUAAAAUUUUGCAAGAACUAAACACUAACGUAACAAAACAAGGUUCUAAACUUGAAAGUUUAUCAAAAAGGGUAGACAAUUUAUAUGUUGAAUAUGAUGAAUAUUGUUAUCCUGACGACAGUUGUAAUGAUGGGUUUUCUGACAGUCACAGCGUCUUGUCCAAUGUCAGUGAGUCUGGUGAAGAUUCACAGCCACCACGCAAGAGGGUUUGUAAUGAGAGUGACAUAUUUAGGAAUUUGUGUGACAAAUUUCAGAGUGCGGAAAAAUGUGACACUGAAAUAAAUGAGGAUCUUGCUACUUUUGUAAACAAUUCUUUCCGCAAUGGUAUUGCUGAGGGUUCUUUGUCAAACAUUGUUAAAGAAAUUCACAGACCCGUUAAUUGUGAGUCAUUGGUGAAAACUAAGGUGAACGGUUGCAUAUGGCGUUUGUUGAAACCCCAAUCACAGUCUGACGAUGUGAAAUUUCAAGCCAUACAAAAUGUUGUUGUGAAAGCUGCUAUAAACAUUUCCAAAUUGUUGGAUAAAGAAGGGGAAAAAUUAGAUACCAAGUCAAUUGAAUUGGGCACAAAUGCUCUUGCUUUGUUGGGGCAGUCAAACAAACUCAUUAACAACAAGAGGAAGGAAUGCCAUCGUUCGGAUUUAGAUCCACGAUAUUACCCUUUGACUUCUGCAAGCCUACCGUUUACAGAAAACCUGUAUGGUGAUGAUAUUAACAAGGAUAUCCAGGACAUAAGUAAAAUUGGUAGAGAUGUUGGAAGAAAUCCUUCAUUUAGGCCGUUUGGUAGAAGACGUAGUGGUCGGCCGGGCAUGUUUUCUCGUGGUACUGGCAGAGGUUAUUUUAGGCCACUGGUCAUGGUUCUUCAGUCGUUCCACCACCAAAAAACUCCCGUGUAGGGUACAAGAACAAGUAAAUCAGGUCAGUAAUAUUUUUCAGGCAGGUAGAUUGAAAUUAUUUGAAGAAAAUUGGAGAAAAUUGACAAGUCAUGAAAAUAUAUUAGACAUAGUUAAGCAUUGUCAUAUUGAAUUUUUAGAAGGGCAUGAUCCUGUCAAUUACGUAUGUACAAGGAAUAAUUUCAGUGAAAAUGAAAGUAAAAUUAUUGAUCAAGAAAUAAAUAAAAUGAUUGAUAUGAAAGUUUUGAUUGAAGUUGAUCAUCAUGAAAAUGAAUUUAUUUCUCCAAUUUUCUUAGUCAAAAAGAAGAAUGACGAGUUUAGAAUGAUAUUAAAUCUUAAAUUAUUAAAUGAGAGUAUUGUUUAUCAUCAUUUUAAAAUGGAGACAUUUGAGUCUGCCCUUAAACUGGUAAAACCUAAUUGUUUCUUUGCAAGUGUAGACUUAAGACAUGCAUAUUAUUCAGUUCCCAUA